AUGGCCUCCAUGUCUAGAUUUGUGGCCAAAGACUGCCACUUUACUACUUGUGCAGCACUACACAAGCCCAGUUCUUCUAGUUUGAGCAUCAGGAGGCUCAACACUCAUCUGGAUCUGAAAGGUUGGAACUUGGCGCCUAAGAAUGGCAAGAUUUUGGCAUUGCAAAGCAAGCCAAACAGUCCCGUUGUUUCUGUUUCAGCUGCUUCUCCUGUCAUGCAGACUUCAAGGAGCUCUGUGGUUUUGUGCAAUGCUGCUACGAACUUAUCCGGCGAUGUUCCCAGCACAGUCCUGCUGGUUACAUGGUUGCAGACAGAUCUGUUCACUGUUGGCCUGGGUUUCCUCAUGCUUUCUAUGGGAUUAACUUUAACUUUCGAAGAUUUUAGACGAUGUCUGAGGAAUCCCUGGACUGUUGGUGUAGGAUUCCUUGCUCAGUAUUUGAUCAAGCCCCUGCUAGGUUUUGCGAUUGCCUCGCUGCUCAACCAUUGGAGCUAUUAUCAUGACACCCCUUCUCACCAAGCUCUUGCUGGCCAGCUUGUUCCAGUUGAUGCUGCAGGUCUUGCUCUGAGCACGUUUCAGGUUGUGCUAGUGCCAACUAUUCUUGGAGUUCUAGCAAAUGAAUUUUUCCCCAAGUUCACAUCAAAGAUUAUCUCCGUGACACCUCUCAUUGGAGUCCUUCUCACAACCUUACUCUGUGCAAGCCCUAUUGGGCAAGUUGCAGAUGUACUGAAAACCCAAGGUGUACAGCUAAUACUGCCAGUGGCUGUUCUGCAUGCUGCUGCAUUUGCAAUUGGAUAUUUCAUCUCAAAGUUGUCGUUGGUGAAUCCACCUCUCGUACUAUCUCAAUUGAGUGUGGAAUGCAGAGCUCUGCCCUUGGAUUCUUGCUUGCUCAGAAGCACUUUACAAAUCCCCUCGUGGUCCGUGCCUUCAGCUGUCAGCGUCGUUGCAAUGGCUCUUGGUGGUAGUGCACUUGCUGUUUUCUGGAGGAACAUGCCUAUUCCGGCCGACGACAAAGAUGACUUCAAGGAGUAA